UACACAACGCACAGGAAACACACGCGGCGCAGAAGUAGCAUGGUGAUCUUGUCCAUGUUCCGCCCUCUGCUUACAGCAAGAGGACACUUCGCGGUAUCAGCAUCAUGCCGGAGAGCCCCGGUGGUUUGCCUCUCUGCUGCUUCGCAAGCGAAGCAACCAGCGAUACCGAGUGCUCGUCGGUGGUUCGCCGCCAUCGGGGCCGGACCUCAGGAAGGGCUUGACGUCGAGGGGGCCAAGGCCGCGCUUCGAAGGGCACAGGCGGUCUGUUUUGACGUGGACAGCACCGUCAUUGCAGAAGAGGGCAUCGAUGUCCUCGCCGAUUUCUGCGGAGCUGCGGAGGCUGUCGCUGACCUCACAAGUAGGGCGAUGGGCGGUUCGAUGCCUUUUCAGGACGCCCUCAAGGCGAGACUGGACCUCAUGACCCCGUCGCAGAAGGUGGUGGACCUCUGCCUGAGGGAACACCCGCCACGGCUUUCUCCCGGAAUAUCUGAGCUUGUGUCGGCGUUGCACGAGAGAGGGGUGGUGGUGUACCUAGUGUCCGGAGGCUUUCGGCAGAUGAUCGCGCCCGUGGCGGACCAGCUUUCCAUUCCGCGAGGAAACAUCUUCGCCAACCGUCUCCUGUUCGGCGAUGAGAGUAGCGAUGGUGCCACUGCGGGGGCGUACGUGGGCUUUGACACCGACGAGCCUACGUCCAGGGACGGGGGAAAGGCCAAGGUUAUCGAUUUGCUAUCGAAGGAGUUCGGCUAUAAGUGCGUCGUCAUGGUAGGGGACGGGGCGACCGACAUGCAGGCGAAACCCCCGGCGGACGCGUUCAUCGGGUACGGAGGAGUAACGGUUCGCAAAUCGGUGCGAAAGGGCGCCGACUGGUUCGUCACGGACUUCGGUCCGCUCAUAGAAGCCCUGAGGGAUAGCGAGAGCGGGGGCGGGGGAGCCGAACCGGCCGAAAACCCGCCGCAAUAGUUUCCACGCAUUGUGAUGACGGGGUUGUGUUUUUACCCCACGGUUUGCUCGAAACGUCUACAAUCACGAGCACGGUGCGUAUUGUAGUGGUUCGUCGUUUCUCCAAUUUUGGCGAUGGGUUGGGCGCAUGAUGCGUCCUCGAACGAGUACCGGCAUUUUUGCCGUUUUUGGUUGUUGCGGGGAACGGGUUUGGGCGUAUAAUGUGUCAUGAAACGGGGUUGGCCUAGUGGCAUGUUUGCUCCAUGGCAAUCGUCUUCCGUUACUCGGCUAUCCCAGUGUAACGUGUGAGGGUGGAUGCUCGCAAGGCCGGCGAAGAUGUUGUGGUGUGCGCGUGGGCUUCGUUCGCUCGGCCGCCUUUCGUCUGUUUGUGGUGUACGAUAACACGAGAGAGGUAGUUCUGUUUUCGACGAGCUCUCACGUGACAGCGCAGCCUUUUGUCGACACCCGCAGUGAGCAAACUCUAACUGCCUGUCUCGCGAGGCGAGUUGAUGACCUGUCGAAGAGGACAUCUUGCUGAGUUUCCCGAUGCUCAAUACCCCCGCAAGAUUUUCUGGCGACUGGCUGUGUUCUUUCGUUAGACUGCUGUGGGGUGCGUUCAAGAUAGCACCCAAGGGAGCCGGUCAAGUGUUACGAUUUUGUGGGAGAGGAAGGGGCGAGUGGGGCGGGGGGUGUCAUGUUGUUGCACUGCAAAACUGAAUGUUCACAUGAUUCCUACCGCCUACCAUUGUAAGCAAUGGGGAACAUAGUUAUUUGGUUU